AUGGCACCAUUCGAGGCAUUGUAUGGACGAAAGUGUGGAUUUCCCUUAUAUUGGGAUGAAAUAGGUAAGAAGCUGAUCACUGGUCCUGAUUUGGAGGAACGAACUUUGGAGAAAAUUAAGAUCAUUCGAGAAAGGUUGAAAGUAUCCCCUACCAAGGGAGUGAUGAGAUUUGAAAGAAGUCGCAAGUUAAAUUCGAGGUAUGUAGGGCCUUACGAAAUACUGGAUAAAAUUGGACCUCUGGCAUAUCGACUGGCUCUCCCACCUGCUUUGUCAAGAAUACAUAAUGUGUUCCAUGUUUCCCAACUGAGGAAGUAUGUAUCAGACCCAAGUCAUAUUUUGGAGGACCAACCUAUCGAGGUGAAGGAGAACCUAUCAGUGGAGGAAGUUCCUUUAAGAAUCGUAGAUCGAAAGGAUCAAGUCCUGAGGAGAAGGAUCAUACCCUACGUCAAGGUACAAUGGACGAACCAUACACCACGAGAGGCAACGUAG